AUGACAAUGCUACGUCCAACAGGUCAUCCAGAAGAUAGAUUUAUAUUACAUUGGCUUGAUGAAUCUCGUGCUCAAAGAAUAUUAUGGUUAUUAGAAAUUUUACAAUUAGAUUAUGAGGUCCGUAUAUAUUUAAGACAUCCAGAAACUUGGAGAGGUCCGAUGCAAUUAUUUGAUGUUCAUCCAACUGGUAAAUCGCCAGUAUUGGAAAUAAUACACGGCGAUGGUAGACCACCGAUGAAAUUAGCAGAAAGUGGGUUUAUUAUGCAAUAUAUUUUAAAAAAUUAUGAUCCAAAUUAUAUAUUAACACCUACUGAUCCAAAUGAACAAUUAGAAGUUGAUUAUUGGUUACAUUAUAGUGAAGGAUCAUUACAACAUAUUCAAAUGACUUUAUUAAUAAAUUCAGUUGCAAAACAUAUUGCACCAUUUGGUUUGAAAGGAGUUGCCAAAUUAGUUACAAAAGGUUUAAAUAAUGGUUAUUAUAUUCAUGAAUGGAGAAUGAAUAUGCAAUAUUGUGAUGAUAGAUUAGCGCAAAAUGGUACUGGAUUUUUUGUUGGUAAUAAAUUAACAGCUGCUGAUUUAAUGUUAAGUUUUCCAAUUUUUGAAAAUAUAUUUGAUAAUCUAGAAGGUGUUAAAGAUUGUACAAAUGAUAAAAGAGAUUUAAGAAAAGUUUGGCCAAAUUUAGCAAAAUGGAGUAGAAUGAUAAAAAAUAUUCCAAGUUAUAAAAAAGUAAAUCAAUUAAUGGAUGAAGAAGUUGAAGAUUUAAUUGCAUUAAAUCCAAGAUUUGAUUAUGCAAAGAGUAAUUAA